UAGUUGCUGCUACCAAAGCAAAUACAUUUCCUUCUUUGGUCCAGUUUCAGGUAGAACAGAUCAACUCUCUGACAACAGGAAGGACGUAUGAUCAACGGAGCAAGUAGUUGCAUCAUAGAUCAGUUUUUAGUUUUAAUUCUGACACAAUGUGCACUGCAAAGUGUUCCCGCUGCGUUGCUGUUUCUCUCUUCCCGUUAGCGCUCAUAUCCAUCAUCUGUAACAUUGUGCUGUUCUUUCCCGGAGGGGACGUUAAGUACGCCAAAGAUGGACACAUCACUGAGGAGGUUAAAUACAUGGGGGGACUCGUCGGAGGAGGCAUAAUGGUGUUGCUCCCUGCACUUUACAUCAACUUGACAGGAAAACAGGGGUGCUGUGGUAAUCGCUGCGGGAUGUUCUUAUCGAUUGCAUUCGCUGCCGUGGGCGUGGCCGGCGCUCUGUACAGCUUCAUCGUUGCUGUGCUCGGUUUGCAGAAUGGACCCCUCUGCAAAGUCAUUCUGGUUUGGACGACACCUUUUAAAGACAGGGACUCGAGUUACCUGAAAGACGACACGUGGUGGGGAACGUGCACAGAGCCCAAGGACAUUGUGCAGUUCAACAUUGGGUUGUUCGCCACUCUGGUGAUCACCAGCUCUCUGCAGGCCAUUCUCUGUGCCUUUCAGAUGAUCAACGGGCUCUUUGGCUGCCUGUGUGGAACCUGCAACAACAAAGGGGUGCUGUGAGUUGGACGGUGGUCUGACGCCCCCUGCUGGAAGAUUGGAAGUAAUGUUCCUGCUGCCCAAAAUAUUCACUUUAACGUUGUAAAUGUCUUUUAUACUUUUUGUGGGUUUCAUGGUGCUUUAUGCUGCACUUCAAAAAUCUAAAAUAUUUGCAAUGUAUUGAGGUAUAUUGUAAAUGGCAGUAUUCUGGCACUGAAAUAAAAAUGAUUCAUGCUAAAUUAUAAGAUCAAUUUGAAAUAAAUUUCUUUUAAAUAUAAACUGCUCGUCCAGUCCUGUUUCAUGUUGCAUUAUAUUUGGCAUUACACUAUUAUACUAACCUCUUAAUUUAUUAAAAUAAUUCACUCGAAGAGGUAAAGUAAAAUACAGGACACAGAUAUUCUUCAAUGACACCUUUAAUGUAGGUUGUUUUACUGCAAUUAAUAUCAGGAUAAAUAUCUAAACAAAUAUUUCAGUGUCAUCUCAAAUGAAUGACAAUUAACUUCUCUCAAUUAAAGUACAUAUAUGACUGAGAUUUCUGAAUUUCCUAUUAUUUAGCACUACAAAAACUCUGCAUGUGGAAUGCAGUGCGAAAAUAGCACAUUAAAUGAGGCAGUUGACAUUUUCUCAUUGAAAUGUACAGAACCAUGAAGGUUACACAAUUAAAAAAAAAAAAGGCAUAAUAGAGUCAUUUAAAAGGCAAACAAUGGGUCCUAAAAAAGUGGAAA